CAAGCGUUUACCCGUAAAAGUGUCAAUACAUUAACGGUGUGAAUGAAAGUUGAUAUUAGCGUCAUCCCAGAUGCUACACCGUAAAUCAUUUGCAUACAGUAUCCCCACAAUACAAUAUUGAAAAAUAUAUAUAUCAAUAGAAAAAUGGUUACGUGUUUCUCAAUCUUGAAGAUGACCGGUUUUGGGUAGACGACUGGCAGAAUGAAAGCCUAGCACAGCAGUUUUUUUAGGCUAGUAUGCAAGCCAAGUAUUGCAAAGUUGCUUUGUCUAUUUCGUGAAGUAUUUUUGUAAUGGUAGGCUCCUGUUAUUCUUGUGUUUUCGGUGGUAAAGUCGGACCUGGCUAGUUGCAGCAGCGACCAGUGGCUGUGGCCUAUUUGACCUGUACCUGAAGGUUGAGAAACAGCCACUAUGUUUCUGUAUAACCUGACCCUGCAGCGUGCCACUGGCGUCACCCACGCCAUCCAUGGCAACUUCUCAGGAACCAAGAUGCAGAAGAUAGUUGUUUCCAGGGGGAAGAUCAUUGAGGUCCUGCGUCCAGAUGCCAACACAGGGAAGGUUCAUACCCUGCUCACCAUGGAGGUGUUUGGCAUUAUCCGCUUCCUUAUGACCUUCAGGCUGACUGGAGGAACUAAAGACUACAUUGUGGUGGGCAGUGACUCAGGCCGCAUCCUGGAGUACCACCCCUCCAAGAACAUGUUUGAGAAGAUUCACCAGGAGACCUUUGGCAACAGUGGCUGUCGUCGCAUUGUCCCUGGACAGUUCCUUGUCGUCGACCCCAAGGGCAGGGCAGUCAUGAUAGGUGCCAUUGAGAAGCAGAAGCUGGUGUACAUCCUGAACAGAGAUGCAGCAGCACGUCUCACCAGCUCCUCUCCCCUGGAGGCUCACAAGGCCAACACGCUGGUGUACCACGUGGUAGGAGUGGACGUGGGCUUUGAGAACCCAAUGUUCACCUGUCUAGAGAUGGACUAUGAGGAAGCUGACAAUGACCCCACUGGAGAGGCUGCAUCCAACACCCAGCAGACACUGACCUUCUAUGAGCUGGACCUGGGUCUGAACCACGUGGUGUGCAAGUACAGCGAGGAGCAUGGCAACUUCCUAAUCACAGUUCCUGGAGGCUCUGAUGGUCCCAGUGGAGUUCUCAUCUGUUCAGAGAACUACAUCAUCUACAAAAACUUUGGCGAUCAGCCUGACAUUCGCUGUACCAUCCCACGCAGAAGGAAUGACCUGGAUGAUCCUGAGAGAGGCAUGAUCUUCGUCUGCUCAGCCACCCACAAGACCCAGUCCAUGUUCUUCUUCCUGGCCCAAACGGAGCAGGGGGACAUCUUCAAGGUCACCCUGGAGACGGAUGAGGAGAUGGUUACAGAGAUAAGGAUGAAGUACUUUGACACCAUCCCUGUAGCCACAGCCGUGUGUGUGCUGAAGACUGGCUUCUUAUUUGUCUCUUCACAGUUCGGCAACCCUUACCUUUACCAGAUAGCCCAUCUUGGAGAUGACGAUGAAGAGACAGAAUUCUCCUCUGCCAUGCCCCUGGAGGAGGGAGAUACCUUCUUCCAGCCACGCCCCCUCAAGAACCUGGUGCUGGUGGACGAGCAGGAGAACUUCUCCCCCAUCAUGUCCUGCCAGGCUUCCAUGUCUUCUGGACCUCCUCAAUGUCCACCUCUUGAACAUCAGACUGAUGCCUCAUCUUCACCGUCACUUUCCAACCUAGUUGAGUAUGAUGAGUUUGAUGCCUACAUCAUUGUGUUUGUCAACGCCACCCUAGUUCUGUCUAUUGGAGAGACUGUAGAUGAAGUGACAGAUUCUGGUGUCCUGGGGACCACCCCCACCCUCUCCUGCCCUCUGCUGGGGGAGGAUGCUCUGGUGCAGGUGUAUCCUGAUGGGAUUCGUCACAUCUGUGCUGAUAAGCGGUGGAAGACUCCAGGGAAGAAGACCAUUAUUCGCUGUGCAGUCAACCAGAGGCAGGUGGUCAUUGCUCUGACUGGAGGAGAGCUGGUUUACUUUGAGAUGGACCCGUCUGGCCAGCUGAAUGAGUACACAGAAAGGAAGGAGAUGUCCGCUGAUGUGGUGUGUAUGAGCUUAGCCAACGUCCCGCCUGGCGAGCAGCGCUCCCGUUUCCUGGCUGUGGGGCUGGUCGACAACACAGUCCGCAUCAUCUCUUUGGAUCCCUCGAACUGUCUUCAGCCCCUCAGUAUGCAGGCCCUGCCAGCCCAGCCUGAGUCUCUGUGUAUAGUGGAGAUGGGAGGAGUAGAGAAGGAAGAUGAGCUAGGAGCGAAGGGCACUGUUGGUUUCCUCUACCUCAACAUCGGACUGCAGAACGGUGUGUUGCUCAGGACUGUGUUGGACCCAGUGACUGGAGACUUGUCUGAUACUCGUACUCGAUACCUGGGGUCGCGACCUGUGACGCUCUUCCGGGUCAGGAUGCAGGGACAGGAAGCUGUGUUGGCCAUGUCUAGCCGCUCCUGGCUGAGUUACUCUUACCAGUCCCGCUUCCACCUGACGCCCCUGUCCUAUGAGACUCUGGAGUACGCCUCAGGCUUCGCCUCUGAACAGUGUCCUGAGGACAUUGUGGCCAUCUCCACCAACACCCUGAGGAUUCUGGCCUUGGAGAAGCUGGGUGCCGUUUUCAACCAGGUGGCCUUCCCCCUGUAGUACACACCUCGCAAGUUUGUCAUCCACCCAGAGACCAACAACUUGAUCCUCAUAGAGCCUGAUCACAAUGCCUACACAGAGGCCACCAAGGCCCAGCGUAAGCAGCAAAUGGCAGAGGUAGGUGUGACUGUGUGUCGGUUUGCCAGUGGAGGUGAUGACUUGGGGGUGGCCCGGGACAUGAUCCUUAACCCCCGCUCUGUGGGAGGUGGUUUCAUCUAUACCUAUCGGCUGGGAGGGGGAGGGGACAAGCUGGAGUUUAUGCACAAGACUCCAGUGGAGAACGUUUCUCUGGCCAUCGCUCCGUUCCAGGGCCGUGUGCUGGUGGGCGUUGGCAAACUGCUGCGCAUCUACGACCUGGGCAAGAAGAAGCUGCUGCGCAAGUGUGAGAACAAGCAUGUCCCCAACCUGGUGACUGGCAUCCACACCAUCGGUCAGCAGGUCAUAGUGACUGACGUACAUCUGUUCUGGGUGCGCUACAAGCGUAGCGAGAAUCAGCUGAUCAUCUCUGCCGACAACACCCAUCCUCGCUGGGUCACCACCGCCUGCCUGCUGGACUACGACACCAUGGCUUCAGCUGACAAGUUUGGCAACAUCAGCAUUGUGCGUUUGCCCCCCAACUCCAGUGACGACGUGGAUGAGGACCCAACUGGGAACCAGGCGUUGUGGGAUAGGGGUCUGCUGAACGGAGCCUCUCAGAAGGCUGAAGUGAUCAUGAACUACCACAUCGGGGAGACUGUGCUGUCACUGCAGAAGACCACACUGAUACCCGGCGGCUCAGAGUCUCUGGUCUACACAACACUGUCUGGAGGCGUCGGCAUCCUGGUGCCCUUCACUUCCCAUGAGGACCAUGACUUCUUUCAGCACUUAGGGAUGCACAUGCGCUCAGAGUUCCCCCCUCUGUGUGGGAGGGACCACCUCAGCUUCCGCUCCUACUACUUCCCUGUAAAGAAUGUGAUAGAUGGAGAUCUGUGUGAGCAGUUCAGCUCCAUGGACCCCCACAAGCAGAAGAGUGUUGCUGAAGAGCUGGACCGUACACCACCUGAGGUCUCAAAGAAGCUGGAGGACAUCCGCACACGUUAUGCCUUCUAGAACCCUCGUGUUCUGUACAUGCACAAAUACACUCACACAUACAAACUGUAAUUUACAACAACUGACAUGUUGAGACUGUGCUGCGUGGUGGAAAUCAGCAGCACACCUGUUCCGCUGUGUUAACAUGAAGAGGAGGUGGGAGCUGACGAGAAGUCGGCAGAACAAAUUUCUCGAAGUCUUCAUCUGUAGGUGCUCAGAUUUGUCCUUUGGGCCCUGAUUUGUUUGUUAGGCCUAUAAAUACUAUAAUACUAAUAAUAAUCUAUGGUGAAUAUUUACCCUGUGGUUUUCACUCAUAGGAUGCCAUUUAAACCUAGCUGGAUUCUUUAGAAUGUAUCAUGUGUAUAUCAUCAGUGCUAUCGACGCAUACCGGAGCAUUGAUUGGGUUUUAAUGGCCUAGUAAACCCUUUGAUAUAAUUAGGUCAACUGUUUUUGAAACGAUCCAUUUUGACUCUUUUUGCUGUAAUUGAGUGCCACAAAUGAAAAGGACUUUGUUUUCUUUUUGAUGUCAAUUUUAAUCCUAAAAAGAUUUUGGAUUCUCAAACAGCUCUUUUUUUAUGGGCUUAAAAGGUAUAUUCCUUGCUGGACAAAUUGUCCACAUCUAUUGUACAAAAUUACAGGAUUGUGUACAAUAGCAAGUAAUACAGCUGGAUGGUGAACCUUUUUCCCCUUAAUAGUCCUGUAAACUUCUAAUAACAACCACAAUCACCACACUAGAUGAGACACCAUUCCAUAUUAGUCAUGGGAAAAGGGGAGCAGGCUAUUUUGUAAAUAAAGUACUGCCUUGUCUGUGUCACUAUAGCUAUGGUCCCAUUAACUAGCCUAGUGUUUUUUUUAUUCAAUUCUUUUUAGAAAGUUUGCAUAAAAAAUGUGACAACCGCCUGCUAGGGUGUUUCCAUUUAACUAUCUUGUCCAUAAAAACAGCUGGUCGUAAUGUCACACAAAAAAAUAUACUUUCACAACCUACAGUAGCUAGGUUUCCAUCCAAUUGGCAAGAUUUUCAUGUGAAUAUUUUAAAAUCCUCCAUAAUAAUGUGCAGUUUCCCACCAAAGAUGUUUCCAUCAAAUUGACUUGUUGCAGAUAAAAGCCUGUGCAUGAUGGUGCACAAAAAAAUACCUUUGCGAUUAAAUUCCCAUGUCCCCCAAACAUUUUUUAAAUGGGAUUC